CUCGCCACACAGACCCGCUACCACACCUUGCUCGCGACACCACGACGACUUAUUCUCCACGGAGAUCCGCAGAUAAAAUCUUCCCGCAACACCACUACUACUAGUUUGGCCUAGAGAUACAUUGUUGACCCAAGAUCUGGAACGGCCUUUGCUAUCUCUCCGCGCUCGGAGAUCAUACUCUUCCACGAACUACCAAUUCAUUGCUGCACGCUCUGUCGCAAAGGGGAGUCAUGUUCCUCUCAAACAGCCCCCCCGCAAACCCUCUUCCCCGCUUCCAAACCAAUACGCCUCUGGACUCCACCUUCGACAAAGACAUUCGUGAUACGCAUCUCAUCUAUGAUUAUAAUGCCCAAGACGCCGAUGGUAGGCCGGAGAAGUGGCGUUACGAGAUGUGGUUCUUCUCCGAGGACCGCAUCGUCUACGCAAUCCAUGGCGGGCCGAUGUCCGGCCGCGUAAACUACCAGACAGCGACUUACCAGUGCAUCCGACCUGGGGAGUUGUGGCAGGUCAACUGGCUGGAGGAGACGGGCACCGUUUGUUCUCUGGUGUACGAUAUCCCGAGGCAGAAGAUUUCGACGCUCAUCUCGUUCUCGAGGGGGCACUGGGAAAACCCUGGGGCGGCGCACGGUGACAAGCGCAACCCGGGGGAUUUGGCGCGGUGGAGGGUUCUGGCGAGGUUCGGGAAACAAAAUGAAAGGUUUAUGUUGUCCGAGCAGGCGGACAUCGUUGAGAAUUUCAAAGGAAGGGGUCAUCUUGAGCCAAUCAAGAAGGAUGCGCUGACAUUCUGAAUGAAACUUUAUCAACUGAGAAAUCCUAAUAGUACAUGUAGUUACUGGCGAACUGCUGCUCCUACUAGGACUAUGCAUAAUUAAACAACUAAACACUCAUAAUGUUUGUGGUCUUCUCAAAUUCUCA